UCGAAUCCCCAUGGACUCCUCCCCCUCCGCCUCCUCGGGCGAAGCCGUAAUGGCCGCCCUCCUCCACCUCCCCGCGUGCGCCUUCUCGGAUCUCACCCGCGCCCUAGACGCUGAUCUUCGCCUCCAGCGGCGCCGGCUCUCCCUCCUCCUCCUCUCCCCCCUCCACUUCUCCCGCGCCCUCGCCCACCUCCACUCCCUCUCCCUCCCCGAGAAGACCCUCCUCCUCGCACGCCUCCUCCUCCGCCACCUCCACUCCCUCCUCCCCACCCUCUCCGGCACCGCAGCCGCCGCCGCCGCCCACCGCCUACGCCUCCGGGACCUCGACGCCGCCCUCCUCCUCCAGGCCAUGUGCGACGCCUACGACUCCGACCGACCCCACCCCGACUGGCACGCGAGGAUCGCCGAGCACGCCGUAUCCUCCGCGCUGAGCCCGGCCGGGCUCGGGGCCGGAGGGUGGGCAGUCCUCGGCCACUACGUCGACGCCGCGGCCAAAUGCCGGCGGUUGUUCGAGGUGGUGUCGGGGGAGGGGAGAAAGGUGGGGGCGGAAGUGGCUGCGGCCGUGGCGGCGGUGGUGGCGCUGCCGUCGGUGGAGUGCAGGAGCCGGGGGAGGGAGUGCGUGAUUUGCAAGGAGGAGAUGGAGGUGGGGAGGGACGUGUGCGAGCUGCCGUGCGGUCAUUGGUUCCACUGGGGUUGUGUGCUGGGGUGGCUGACGAACAGGAACACCUGCCCUUGCUGCCGGUUUGAGCUUCCAGCGGAGGAUGUCUUCUAUGAGAUGGGGAGGAUGUGGAGGUCUCUGUUGAGGAUGGGUGGUGCUAUGUAGGAUUAAUCUUUGGGUCUUUUGGAAGGUGAUCUUGGUCGAUGCACUUCUUCUGAAUUAUUUUUUUUUAUAGAUAUGGUGGUAAUAACUAAUAAGAAUGGCCACAGAUAUAUAUAUAUAUAUAUAUAUAUAUAUAUAUAUAUAUAUAGUUGGUAGAAUUAACGUAAAUAAGUGGAAGGUGUUUUUUAUUUUAUUUUCCUUUCAGUUCAUUGUACGUGUUUUUACUUUAUGUUCAUGUUCAUGUACUAAUAUUUGAUCACAAGAGUGGUGGAACGUGUGGUGGGGAACUGACAUAAAUGAAGUGCUAGUUGUAUGUAUCUA